UCGGUUCAACUGAUUCAGUUCAUUCAUUCAAACCAUCGAAAUAGGAUAAGCGGCUUUGGUAAUGAUUCUUUAAAUGAACCGAUUCAGAAUCCUCUUCUUGAAUCGUUUGAGUCAUUCUCACUCGGUCAGGGUUGCACGUGUUGGUUGCUUUUCCUGCACGUGUAAUCAGCACGUGUUCACAGACCGUAAAUCCCGACCCCAUGGUAGACACUCGACAGAAAUUUCAUACUAAAGUUGUGUUUGAGUUGUGCAGGCUUGUGUCACCUGACUUAAAGAAGGCAUUCUUUGAAGGGCUUGAUCAGCACCUCCCACGGCUCCUGCAGUUGUACAACACCGAGAGGCAGUGAAAUACCCGAAAUCCAACAUGUGAUGACCCGCAUUGAUCAAGAGCGUGUAUGAAGCAGUGCUGCACGGAGAAGAUGACGGAAUGUCUGGACUGGAUUAUGGCUGAAUGUAAGAAUUUGUAUUCAAAAUUUCUGCAGAGUAUGGCGAUCUCCUUCAUACAGAAGUCAGAUGGUUGAGUAGGAGUAAGGUACUUCACCGUUUUAUUUCCUUGGUGAGUGAAAUUAAGGCUUUAAUGGAACCGGGGACACACACACACACACUAACCUGUUGUCUGAUGGCUGCUUGAUCUUGCAUUCUUGGCUGAUGUGACAGAGAAACUGAAUCAGCUCAAUCUUCAGUUACAAGGUAAAGACAAAACCAUAUGUGAUAUGAUCAGUGCUGUGAAGGUAUUUAAAGCAAAACUGUCAUCUUACCUUCAGCAAUUGAAAAACAAAAGAUUGCAACACUUCCCCUCAUUGGUAAAGAUAGAAAGAAAGCCAUGCAAAUGCAACCAAAGUUUUGGAUGUACUCGAGUAUUGUGACCUCCUGUCCAGGCUUGGGCAGGAAUCUGAGGAAAGGUUCAGUGAUUUUGAAAAUCUUGAGAUAUGUGUGGCAUUUGUUGCCAAGUCUUUCAUGGAGAUAGACAUGGAUCACAUUUCAAAGCAGAUGGCUGAACUGUUCAAUGUCAAUGCUGUAGAGAUGGAGUUGGAGGUUAUUAAUCUCCAAAAUCAUAUCCAGCUGAAAUCUCAGCAACAUUCACAACAUUUCUGGAGACUUGUAGACCCAGAAAACUACAAGAACAUUCACCAAGCUGCCCUCAAAGCAUCUGCUUUAUUUGGAUCUACAGACCUUUGUGAAGCAGCGUGUUCUGAUAUGAACGUGAUCGAAUCUUAAUUCAGAACAAGACUGACAGAUGAACAUUUAAAUAAUUGCAUAAGAGUGAACCUAAGUGCAUACACACCAGCAUAUACCUCCCUUGUGGAAUCAAUGCAGUGUCAGUCAGCUCAAUAACUGUAAAUAAGUGUGAAUGCCCUUCAUGUCAUAUUGGAUAUUCUGUGUUUACAAACAGCAAAGAAGCACUAAGAAUUCAAGUGGGAAACAGAAAGAGUUGUGGGAGGCCUGCUGAGAAGCCUAUGGCACAUUAGGUUGACCCAUUUAUUUUCAGGCAGGUGAUUCCUUCCUUUUGUGCCAACUACCAUAAAGCACCUCCAGAAGCUCGAAGUUACAAUCUGUACGUUGGCCGGGAAUCGAAUCUGGGCCAAAUGCUUGGAAGGUAGCUAUGCUCACCUCUAUACCACACUGGGCAAUUCAACGCUGCUGUAUAAACCAUGACACGUGUCUCUGUCGUGGUUUCUGUAGUGUAGUGGUUAUCACGUUUGCUUCACACGCAAAAGGUCCCUGGUUCGAGACCAGGCAGAAACAAGCUUGCAAUUUUGAACUUUGCUUUAAUAACUGACCGGUUGUCAUCACCGUAGGAUCAGGUCCUCUAGGAACAGCCGGAAAGCGAGACCUUGGACAGAGCAGAUUUCCUUCUUUUGUGCUUUUGUAGCAAAGCAGUUAACAUUUGCUUACAAAAUGAAAGCGAGUCUCUGGUUUUCCACAGAAAGUGGAAUCCUGGCUCUUUCGUUGUUCAAUAAGACUCUGUGCGUGACUGGAAAAUUUUCCGUAAAGUACUGGUCGGCAAGUUCACCUAUCAGCAAGAGGUCUAGGCCCGAAAAAGGCUGGGAGCGGUUUCCCUUCCAUUGAGCCUUUUGUAACAAGGCAGAUAACAGCUGCUUGCAAAAUCACAGGCAGUCUCUUCUUUUCCACUGAAUGUGGGAGCCUGGCUCUUUCCUUCAUCAAGAAGACAAGAGUAAUGAUGCGCUUGAUUUGAGGGGUAGGGGUAGACAUGGCCAGGGAAUAAGAGAAACAAUACAGAGCAGCAAGUAGUUACACAGACUCCUGAAUGUUCUCAAUAACCAUACAUUUCAUGUAAACACCAACCAGAAAAACUGAAAAUAUGUACACACUGUAUUUCACAAUAAUUAACAAUGGUCAAGUCCAUCAAUAACGCAAAUGUCCAAGUCUGUUAAGUUCAGUACCCCAACUAAACUUUCUAAAUCUUACGGUUCGGUCCCCAUUUGGGCGCCACUCUGUAGCGUGGUACCUUAUGGGGUUUGGACGCCAGACAGUUCAAAUUAACAGUCACUUAUAACUUAUAAUUUGGACAUCACUCAGAAUAAGGCUACUCAAUUCUUACAAAAUAAGAUUAUUAUUAUUUAUGCAAUAAACAUAAGAAAAUACAGAUCGUUUCAGUCAUAGAAACCGAAAUAAUGAAAACCCAAAAGUUCCCCUCUGUGGGAUUAAUAAACACACCCAUAAGGAAACAAGGCUCUAUUCAUGAAAGAAAAUUUUCACACACAAAAGGCAGAAAAAAAAACAUUUAACCCCAAAAUAAUUCUUAACCAAAACAAAAAAGUUGUUCACUUUAAAAGCAGCACUUCAAUGGCAGUGAUUUAAGCGUACGGGAGUUCGUGAACCCGAAAGCAUGGGAAACCGGCAGUCAGAUUCCGCUUAACACUCGGAGUUCUUUACAGACAGUAACAUCCAACGAUUUAAACAUACUGGUUCUCCACAAAAGUAUUAAAGAAAGGAUCUCAAACCCAUGAUGUGCCUCCGAACCCUCAAAACUCCGCUCACUCGUUUAUUCACCUUGGCAGAAUAUUCCCGAAGUGUUCGCCAGCCUCCUGAAUCAAUAUCCACAAGGUUAUAAUCCACAGUAAGAGCAUUAGCAUGGUCCUUGGCAAACACACACCAUCAGGUCCGCCAUUCCCACCUGGCGCUCAUUUCCGCGUCCCGCUUUCUCUCACCUAGUCACCUGUUCUUUUUAUUGCUUCCUAAGACCCCACCCUUCUCUUCAUCUCUUUUUUUUACUUCCGUUAAUUAAAACACCAUGGAAUGGAACGGACUCCGCUUCUGCGUCACUAAAUGGUAAAUGGCGCACUUAUAUAGCGCUUUUAUCCAAAGUGCUUUACACUGUGUCUCAUUUACCCAUUCACACACCAGUGGUAGCAGAGCUGCCAUGCAAGGCGCUAACUUGCCAUCGGGAGCAACUUGGGGUUCAGUGUCUUGCCCAAGGACACUUUGGCAUGUGGAGUCAUGCUGGCUGGGAACCGCCAACCCUACGAUUAGUGGACAACCCGCUCUACCACCUGAUCCACAGCCGCCCCUGUCACUGUGCAGCUAUCUGUUACAAAUGAAUGGGAAAAUAUCCUUGGCAUUCCUGCAAUUCAAGGAUGUUGUAAUUGGUAAGUUGUGAUGUCAAAAGUAUCUGUACCAAGUUGAUACUAAAAUUUUAAAAAGAAUGAUACGAUAAGUUUUUUUUUUUCAGUACCAACAGUACCAAGUAUUCUCCUGCUUUCUGAUUGACUUCUUUUUCAAGGUAUUAAUUAACCAUGAUUUACACUCAGCCAUCUUACUGGAAUUUGUGUAGGUUAGGAAUAAGACUGAGGAUGGAGUUGUAUAGUUUCAUAGUGUGUAUCAUUUGUAAAUAUUGUUAACUUCUUUACCAUAGCCAUGCUGAGAGAGGUGUUGACUAAAUUAGAGAUAGUGCUGGACCAACAAACCACUGGGCUUGCUUCUACUACAGGUGUUCCAGGUGCAGUCUUUGGAUACUGAUGAAGAUUUACUGCCCUACAAGAUCUUCCUCAACUGCAUAGUCUGGAGCAAAGGAUGCAACAGAGCUCGGAUUGCAAGCAAAAACUGAAACCUCUUCACAGCUAAUGCUGCAGAGAUGGAGGUUGAGGGGACCAUGAAGAGGUGGCUCCAGCUGGCAUCAGAUGAAGAGUGCGGGCGCAAGAGAAGAUUUUUGAAAACUUUUGCAAAAAGAAGAUGCAGAGAGAACCAUGUGUUUGAAAUUCAGCUUGGACCUCGUACACAAAUUGCUGAAGUCUGAUACGCUACAGGAGGAGCUACAGACGAGGGGAGAGAGCUUCACCUCGAAGCUGCAGUAUCAGCGGUCAGCCACAGAGAACGUGUUCAUGACUUUUCAGCUGGACUGCCCCAAGCUGCUGAAGCUCACGGGACUGCCCGGCCGUCUCAUCGCGUCUCUGUUCGAGCACAGCUCAGUGGUGGAGCGCGUGAAGAGUCCUGCUGGACAGACCUCCCCUGACAUUCACGCAGUGGCUAAAGAGAUCGCACCCAUUAACGGUGUUGACCUUCUCAAGAUCCGUAAUAUCCUUCUAGAGAAGUGGCUUUGCACACCAGGGCAGACAAAUGGCAAGGACCUCCAGUACCAGGACUCUGUGACUGAUCUUACUGAGGAUCCUAAUCUCAUGAGAGUGGUGUAUUUGCUGCAGAUGCACUCCAUGGAUAUGAGGCACGUCUGCUCAGUCCCAUCCUGAGUGCAGAGACACAGUGUGUGUAGGAGAUGUGUGUAUAUAGAGAUCCAGACAGAACACUUGCCCCAGUUGUUGAGGAUGGUGUCGGCCGUUACGCUGCAGCUCGGACUGCAACACUGUCUGUGCCUCUGCUCCAAAGUCCAACCUCCGCUCAUCCCCCCGUCGUCCUCCUGUCCAGUGACCACACGCCAGGUCAGUGCACCACAUACACACAUCACACACACACACACACACAGUCUGCGUGAAGUCAUCACGCAGUAAUGAGAUGCUGGAAAUUUCACUCACACUGUAAGUCACACAAAAUGACAAGAAUAAGAAAGAAAAGCAGUAAACAGUAUGAAUUAUAAACAGUGACAAUGAUCAGAUUGUUUGUUUAGUACACUAGUUUCUAAUACUUUCUUUGACUUCUUACUAUGAUCUUGUAUACUUUUUAA